AUACGUUGGAAUAUGUUUUUUGAUAUGUGCAUAAAUAUUGGAACAAGCUGUGCGGCUGAUUGCAAUGCAGAACUGAAAGCACUUAACGAAAGUCCUUUGUACAGUGCUCCGUGAUGUCAUGGUAAAUCUUAUCGAAGACUGAAAAACCAACCAAAACUUUUUUGCGAACGGAAACACUCGCAAAAUCGAAAGCCAAUUGCAGCUGUAACAACAACAAUGUCGGACUACCAGUUGUAUCUGGAGACAGCCGGGCAAUGGCUGAGUCACCUGCCCUACCUGCUUGUGGCCUAUGUGCUGCUCACGCUGCUGCCCAAGUCGAUGAUGCGGAUAAAGCGCUAUGCGGACGCCGACUUCGAGGCGAAUCGUCACAAAUUUCAUCGCUGCUACGGUCCCGAGCUGUGCUGUCACGCUGUCCAUGCCCAUGACCAGGAGCCGCAUGGUGUCAAGCAAAAGCAGCGCAAACCCGUAACGCGCGUCUAUCCCAAACGACAUCAGCCGAGGGAGACGAGGGAGCAGCCCAUUGUGGCAGCGCCCACUGUGAAGCAUAACAACAAUGUGACCAAGAUUGCGCGCAUGUUCGAGUCGGGCACUGCGGCGCGGCAGGUGAGCCGCGUCGCGCCUGUGAAGCUGCCGGAGAUUCGGAUGGAGUCCGGCGAAUCGACGCCGUGCGCCUCGCGCAAGGGCAGCAUUGCCACACAGCUGACGGCGCAGCUGCAGCACAUCGAACAGGCCAUGCAGCUGUGGCAGGAGCUGGAAGAAGAGCAGCAACAAGCUGAACAGAAGCCCGCCAAGAUCAGCGACGAUUGGGCGCCCAUGGCGGCGGUGCCUCUGCCCGCUAUAAGACGCACUCGCGGCACCUCAGCCACGCCCUCGACUGCAUCACCGCUGUCCAGCUCGCCGGAGCCAACGUCGCCGGUGCUGCUGCGCCAGCCGCCAGCACUUUGGCUCAAGUCCAGCAUGGAGGACAUCUUCCAGGCCAUAGCACGCAGCGCUGAGGAGCCUGUGGACUACAACAGUCUGUCGCCCAUUACCUGCAUCGACGAUAUACUCUCCGAGCGCAGAUUCUCGCGGCCUCUGUCCGCCUACUCCAUUACGGAUCUGCUCAACGAGGAGCACGACGCGAACGAGACGACCCUCCUCCAGCUGAGCAACAGUUGAGCUGCAGCGGCUCAGAGAUUGCCAAUCUCUCUCAGAGAUCCGAGUGAAUGCAUGAACUGACAUCCAAAAAAAGCUGUUCACUUGGUCGCUUUUAUCGUGCCAUGUACGAACUCAGGCGUCUUCCAGCCCGACCUCCUCCCCUCCCCCCCCCCCUUGACUCUUGCCUUUGUUCCCGAGUGACUCAGAGAAAACACUCGCUCGAUUCGAGUGCGACUCAAGUCAUCAUCGUAGCUGUAAUCAGUUGUGAAUUAUGCGAUAUGCCACGCCUCUUCCCUGGCUGACCAACCUCAUUCCAUUUCCAUUUCCAAUUGCAUUUUGUUUGUUUAAUUGAUGAAAACUUAAGCAGAUUAAAAGCACUAUCACUAAUAUUAUUAUUAAUGAAUAUCGCCUAAAAUUACAAAUGAGCAAACUUAGUUAUCCCUUCGAUAUUUAACCUGGUUCUAUCCUCAGUUAUUUCUCAGUUCUCAGUUGUAAUAAUAAAAGUAAUUGAAUUACGCAAGCCCAGCAAAAUGUAUAUUUAGAAUCUUAAGUGAGCCCUAACAAAGCAAAGUACUAAUAUUUAUAUUUAAAGUACUUGCAAUAAAAAUAUAUUAAAUAAUUUGACUAUGAAUUAGUUGGAGUAUUGCCUUCAUAGACACGUAUUAUAAACUUAUUAAUAAAUUGUCUACAACCGAAACAAAAA